GAUGAGAGCCUGUACAUUAUGGAUCAUUCUGCCCAUUUUAAGUGGGUUAUUGUUGGCAUCAGCAGCAAACAGAAUUGAUGACUACCAGCCACAGCAUGUACACAUAGUUAUUGGAGAGACUUCCAAGGACAUGGUUAUUACCUGGACCACCUUCACGGACACUCCUUCAAGUGUCGUUGAAUUUGGGAAUGCUGGGCUGACCGACACAGCCACAGGAAGCAGUACACAGUUCACAGAUGGCGGCAGUGAACACAGGAACUUGUGGAUGCAUAGGGUCAUACUGAAGGAUCUGCAGCCGGACACUAUGUAUUUCUACCACUGUGGCAGUCAGCUGGGUUGGUCAGAACUGUUUGUUUUCAAGACCUGGAAGAAUGGGACGGACUGGCCUGUGUCAGUGGCUAUGUAUGGUGACAUGGGAGCUGUCAAUGCUCAGUCUCUGCCAAGGUUACAGGAGGAGGUCCAGAGAGGAAUGUAUGAUGCUGUGAUUCACGUGGGAGACUUUGCAUACAACAUGGACUCGGACAAUGCUCGUGUUGGAGAUGAAUUCAUGCGACAGAUUCAACCCAUUGCUGCAUAUGUGCCUUAUCUGACUUGCCCUGGCAACCACGAACAGAUGUACAACUUCAGUAACUACAGAGCAAGAUUCAGCAUGCCCAACCAUGAGGACACAGAAAACCUUUUCUUCAGUUGGAACAUGGGUCCAGUUCAUUUUAUUGCUGUCAACACUGAGGCAUAUUAUUUCCUGGAGUAUGGCCUCAAACCUCUCUCUCGUCAGUAUGACUGGCUCAUCAAAGACUUAGAGGUAAAGUAUGGGAGUAUGUUAACAGCUUAUGAUGCUGAAAACUGAGGCAUUGGUAGGAUUAAUCAGUUGAUGCCUGGAAUGCUUGCAUACAUGCACUCACCAUUGUGGUUCUGGUUUAUAAGAAAGAGAUAAAGCUGAU